GUUCCAUGAUGAUCGGUGGAAGGUGUCCUCCGGCUGCAUGCUCCGGAAUAUUCGUACCACUCUCUUUCACAGUUUGUUACCCAAGUCUAGUUGGAUAACUCCUCCACCACAAGGAUCAUAACCCUGAGCGCCCUGCACAGCUGAUUUCUCAUUUUAGAACGAAUCCUAUAAACGACUUAGUUGCUGCGGCGCAUGCACUUUAAAUCGACCAAGAAUCACAGCCCAUCCCUAUAGCUUAUCUUCAUACCACCAUGAACGAGAGCCUUGUCUCAAAGUACAAAGACAUCGUCACCUCCAGAGGACUGACGUACCAUUACCUAUCCUUGCCAGCUGUGGGCGACAAGCCCACUCUACUCUUUGUCCAUGGCUUUCCCUCUAUUUCAUACGAUUGGUAUCAUCAAAUCAACUACUUCUCUGAGAGGGGAUUCGGAGUAGUAGCGCCCGACAUGCUCGGAUACGGUGGCACGUCCAAACCUACCGAUGUGUCCCUCUUUCUGCACACCGCAGUCGCGCAAGACUUGCUUGACAUUCUCGAUGCCGAGAAAGUCCAAAAAGCCGUAGCCGUUGGACAUGAUUGGGGCGCACCCAUAAUCUCCGUCCUGUCAAUGAAACACUCUGACAGGUUCUUGGGUUUCGCAUGGGUUGUCGUCGCAUACCAAAUAUACUCCCCGGUCCCUCCGAUUGAUGUUAUUUUGGAGAUGCAAACUAAGACAUAUGGCCGGCCGCUGAUGGGGUACUGGAAGUUUUUUGGCCAAGAAAGUGCCUCUGCGAUUAUCGAGAAGAACCUGGAAUCAUUGAUAUCCGUGCUUUAUCCGGAUGACCCAGAUAAUUGGCUGACUCUGAUGAAUCAACCUGGAGAGAUACAGGCCUUCAUCGAAAACGGAAAGACGACAAAGAGAGCCAGUUAUCUCACAGACGAGCACCACUCACGCUUGUUGGAGUCACUGAAGCAAAGUGGCUUAACGAGUGCCCUGAACUGGUACCAAUGCAUGCUCAAGGGCGUCAAUUCCCGCAUCAUGGAAGAGAUGUCAGAAGAAGAUCAGUUUAUCAGGAAACCCGCGUUCUUCGCGGUCGCGAGGAAAGACCACGUAUGCGUGUAUGAUUAUGCCGUGCCACUGAUGAAGAAAUACGCUACGGGAGGUCUCAAGAUGGUAGAGUUCCAAGGAGGGCACUGGGUUCAUUUGGAAGAACCAGAGAUGUUCAACAGAGAGCUUGAGGGUUGGAUUGGCAAUACAUUACAACAAAGUUGUUGAAGAACGGAGGCUGCCUGCCAUCCACGAAAGCUUUUGAAUAUCAGCUUUGUAUCAUAAACUGUGAAUUAGAGUGAUUUCUGGUU